AUGGUCCACAACUCCGCCGUGCUGCUGGUGCUGGUGAUCGGCGCUUCCGCGGCCACCGACUCGGAACAGAAUGACUCGGUGAGCCCCAGGAAGCCCCGGGGGGCUGCUCACAGCUCAGCCGAAGUGAUCCGAUGCCUCAACAGCGCUCUGCAGGUGGGCUGUGGGGCUUUUGCAUGUCUGGAAAACACUACCUGCGAUACAGAUGGGAUGUAUGACAUCUGCAAAUCCUUCCUGUACAGCGCCGCGAAAUUCGAUACUCAGGGAAAGGCCUUUGUCAAAGAAAGUCUGAAGUGUAUCGCCAACGGCAUAACCUCCAAGAUCUUCACGGCCAUUCGGAGAUGCUCCACCUUCCAGAGGAUGAUCUCCGAUGUACAAGAGGAUUGUUACCACAAGCUGGACAUAUGUGGCGUGGCCAAGAAGAAUCCCGAAGCUGUCUCAGAAGUGGUCCAGCUCCCCAAUCAGUAUUCCAACAGAUACUACAACAAGCUUGUUCGUAGCCUAUUGGAAUGUGAUGAUGAGACGGUGACCAAAAUCAAAGAUAGCCUGAUGAAGAAGAUCGGCCCCAACAUGGCCAGCCUCUUCCACCUAUUGCAGACGGACCACUGCGCCCAAACGCCACCUCGGGCCGACUUCAGCAGGAGGCGAAUGGCAGAGCCUCAGAAGCUAAAAAUCUUCUUCAGGAACCUCCGAGGUGAGGACGAUGCCGCCUCCCACAUCAAACGUACAUCGGCCGAGAGCGCGUAACAGAGGCGGGGGCGUUCACACCCCUGCCAAGGUAGUUUCAUUUUAGGGGAGAUAAUGUGCCCAUCUUGAGUGUACUGUGCCUGGUUUAAUUUUUUAAACAUUUUUAUUUCAAAGUAGUUCCUAUUAUCUGUCCUCCCUUCCCUCCCACCCCC